UAAGCAAACACCCUCCCAUGCCCAAAUCCUACCCGUGGUUUACGGGAAGAGAUGUGUCUGCACCUGUAUCUCUCUGUCUUCCCUCUCUCUCUCGCUCUCUUUUUCUGAAUCUCCUCCAGCUGUCUGUCUCCCAGCCAAAUCAAACACUACGCAUUCACUGUUGUGACUUUUAGACUCAGUUGCUUCGAAAUCAAUCACCAUUUCCUUUCCACCAGCUGAAGCAUGUUAAAAACAACAACACAGUAAAUAGAGAAUAAUUAGAGUCUUCUGUUCUUGGUUUCACGAGUGGAAGUUGCCAUCGUGGUUGUGUAGCUUUCAGGAUGAAGUGGAAACUCUCCGUUCUUUGUCUCUUGUGUGCGAGCGUAUGUGUGAAAGUGUGUGUGGGUGAGGAGGAGGAGGAGGAGGAUCGGACGCCUGUUGAGAUGCACGGGAUGGUGACGUCCCCUCUGUACCCUAAGCCGUACCCAGGCAACGUCUACGUGGAGUGGGAGCUGGCGGUUCCCAAGGGAUACCGCAUCCAGCUCUCCUUCACACACCUGGACAUCGAACCCUCUGACGACUGCUACUAUGACUCUCUCAUGGUCAUCUAUGAUCAGAAAGUUUUGUGGAAGUUCUGUGGUCAGGCUAACUCCGCUGAUGGAAAUCACCCCGGCAACGAGGCCAUUUUGGCGCCUGGCAACCGCCUCCGUCUGAUCUUCCAGACAGACGAGGGCAACCCCGGGCUGCAUAAGCCCCUGGGCUUCUCACUUUUCUACCAGGCAGUCGAUGUUGAUGAGUGUAAGGAGGGUGAGGAGGUGGGCAAGACGCCACCUUGUGCCCAACUCUGCCUCAACACGCUAGGCUCCUACUACUGCUCCUGUCACCAUGGUUACGACCUGCGAGCGGACCAGCGCACCUGCACACCGAGUUGCCAUGGAGGCGAGUUCAGAGAGCUCCAGGGAACAUUGAGCAGCCCGGGCUACCCCGAGCCCUCUCCCCAUGGCCUACAGUGCAUCUACAACAUCACCGUGGACCCCGGGUACCUCAUCACCCUCAACUUCUCACGGGACUUUCACAUCGAGCACAUACAAGACCACCAGCCAUCCUGCCUCUACCACUGGCUGCAGGUGACCAUACCGGGCCGUGAGCCGCUGAAGCUGUGUGGUGGCGAGAGCCCCGGACUCCUCCACACCGGCUCCCACUGGGCUGAGCUGGAGUACCACACAGACUGGGCCGGGCUGAGCCGCGGAUGGAGACUGCACUACACCACCCAGAGGGUGAGGUGUGAUAUUCCCAAUGGCAUUGUCAAUGGCCAUGUGACCCCAUCUUUACCAGAGUACCUGUACAAGGACUACAUCUACGUGCGCUGUGAGACGGGCUACAAGCUGAUGAAGGAAGGAAAGGAGAUCCCGAAGUUUGGGUCCAUGUGCCAGAGUAACGGCCAAUGGCAUAAUUCUCUUCCAGAAUGUCACAUAAUUGACUGUGGUGACCCUAUGCAUCUUAUGAAUGGAAACAUCACGUUUAUCUCUGAGGUAAAGGAAAACCAGUACCGCUCUGUCAUUGAGUACCGCUGCAAUGAGCCCUACUACUCAUUUGACAAAAACUACAAAGAGGUGCAACUCACCUGUGAAGCAGACCGCAAGUGGAAGCAAGCCAGCAAUGAUGUCAUCCCUGUGUGUGUACCAGUGUGUGGUCGUCCAAAGCACCUUUUGAGGAGCAGUCAGAGGAUUUUCCAUGGGGAGUUAGCCAAGAGGGGAGAGUUCCCCUGGCAGGUGCUGCUCAAUGCGGGGGGACGGGGAGGUGCAUUUGUCAUCGCUCCUCAGUGGAUCCUCACUGCAGCCCACAACCUUAUGAAUGUGGAGAAGCAAGAGAUAAAGUUACGUGUCGGAAGCAUUGUGGUGGAUGAGCUGCUCAAAACCCGCCCUCUUGAGGUGGACUCUGUCCACAUUCAUCCCAAUUACAUUGGUACCUCUGGUGGGAGGAAGGACUUUGACAAUGAUAUUGCUCUCAUAAAGCUGGUGAACCCAAUCACCUUUGGAGAAGACAUUAUGCCACUUUGUCUGCCCCGACCAGAUUCCCAGUACCCGACAGGCAAACUUGGGAGUGUAUCAGGGUUUGGUGUCGAUGAGAAGGGCAGCGUGCUCAACGAGCUCAGGUACGUACGGCUUCCUCUAGUGGACCAGGCCAAGUGCCGCGCCUCCAUCGACGCGCAGAAGAGUGUUGCCUCAGACAUCUCCGACUUCACGGACAACAUGUUCUGCGCCGGGUUCCCCGAGGGCAGUAAGGACACGUGCCAGGGGGACAGCGGUGGCGCUUACGUCCUGCAGGAGGGGGACUCCUACUGGGCCGCCGGCAUUGUUAGCUGGGGCAUCAGCUGUGGCAAGGCGGACGUGUAUGGAGUGUACACCAGAGUUGCGCAGUACCUGGACUGGCUCACCAAGACCAUGGAGCAAAAUGUGUAAGGGGAAAUACGUCUGUUAAAUGCUGCUAAGGAUUCUUAAAUUUGAAAAUGUCAGAAAAACAUGUCCAAAACUGUGUUUUUGGUCUUUGUGAUUAAAGAACUAAACUUCC